CUUUCGUAUCAGUUCAGUUGUAUGCGUUAUUUGACAAUUGCCAAAAAAUCUAACAUUGUGUUGAUAUAGUGUUAUUGGAUUUUAGGAUUGGAUCAAUUUUGAUUUAAAAAAAAACAAUGCCGAAAAAGAAAACAGGCCAACGAAAAAAGGCUGAAAAGCAAAAAUUACGACAACGAGAAAUACGAAGUCGUGCUGUAUCACUGGCUGAAGUUCCGUGUAAUGCAUCAAUGGAGUGUGAUAAAUGCCAGCGAAAGCAAAAAUCGCGUGCAUUUUGCUACUUUUGUCAGUCGGUUCAACGUUUACCGAUUUGUGCGCAAUGCGGGAAGAUGAAAUGCAUGUUAAAGACGGGAGAUUGUGUUGUAAAGCAUGUAGGAGUGUUUACGACUGGCCUAGGAAUGGUCGGUGCAAUAUGUGAUUUUUGUGAAGCAUUUGUUUGUCACGGAAAGAAAUGUUUGCAAUCACAUGCUUGCACUUGCCCGUUGAUUGAUGCCGUAUGCAUCGAAUGUGAGCGGAGUGUUUACGAACAUGGGGGUCGCAUUUUUAAUUGUUCAUUUUGUCAAUCGUUUCUCUGCGAGGAUGACCAAUUUGAGCACCAAGCAAAAUGUCAAGUUAUCGAAUCUGAAAGUUAUAAGUGUCAGUCUUGCAAUAAAAUGGGGCAGUACUCGUGUUUAAGGUGUAAAGUUUGCUAUUGCGAUGAUCAUGUGAGACGUAAGGGAUUCAAGUAUGAAAAAAAUGCGCCAAUUCCAUGCCCAAAGUGCAAUUAUGAAACGUCUGAAACAAAGGACCUAAGCAUGUCGACACGUUCACAUAAAUUUGGUCGUCAAGGUGGCGAUGAUUACGAUGACUACGAUAAUGAUUAUUAAUAAUCGUCAUCGAAUUUAUCGAACCAAUUUUUUCCAAUUGUUUUUAUAUGCUUUUUUCAAACGAAAAUAAAUAUAAAACAAGAAAAUAUAACAAAUUUCCAACACACACACACACAUACACACAUAUAUAUAUAUAUAUAUAUAUAUAUAUAUAUAUGAAGACGAUAUAAAGAUCAAGGUUGACGCAUACAAUAACAUACUACAUGACAAAGCAAAGAAUCGAAAGAAUAUUAAUAUCUGCACUCAUCACAAUCCUUUCGGUUUUUUUAGUCAAAAAAUAACACGCUUUUUUCAGUUGAAUGAAUUCAGUUUAUUGUCUUUGUUUUCUUGAUUUUUUUUCUUUGAACAAUUUUCAAAUCCAGAUUUUGUCAAUUGAAUUUCAUUUUUUUUCUUCUUUUAUAAAAAUACAAAUGAAAUAAUGAAAAUAUGAAGUUAUCUCUACAAAUAAUAAUAAAAUUCAAAGCAUAAAUAAAAAAAAACAUGUUUUAAAUUAGAAAAUUGCUUUGUAUGCGCGAUACGUGUAACUCAAAACUGAGUGGGUUUUUUAGUGUAAUUUUAUUACGACGAUUAAAACGCUUGCUGAUUAUGCUGAA